GGGAGGUGGUCCAAAGGUUUUUUUUUGUCGUUUCAUUCCGAGGACAUUACCCCCGCAACGGAAGAAGCGCGCAGGCUCUGCGCCGCAGGACAUGUCCGGAGGAGGGAUGCGCGCGGACACAAGAAGAGGCUCGCGCUGCUGAGGACAGGUCUCCUCUCGUCAUCAGGGGAGACGGUGAUGACGCCGUCGGGUCAGGCCAACGUCAUCUACCUGGCCGUGAACGAGAGCAGCCCCGGGACCCUCCUGCUGCAGCUGUGUGAGCUGCUGGCCACCACGCCGCUUCAGGGUUUGGUGUUUGAGGAAGAGAGGCCGCCGCCUCCGACCCGCGCCCCCCUGGCGCCCAUGCUGGAGUUCGUCUCCGCCCAGACCGGGGUUCCCGUGGUAGCCGUAGGGGGAGGGGCCAGCCUGGGACGGGAGCAACAGGAAAGCGGGUCCAUCUACCUGCAGUUCACCUGCUCCACCUCGCUCCAGCUCGAGGUCAUCUUCGAGGUCCUGGAGGAGUAUGACUGGACCUCCUUCUCCGUGGUGACCACCCGUCACCACGGCUACGAGGACUUCCUGGCCAUGGUGGAGGGGAUGACGGACGGCUCGUUCAUCGGCUGGGAGAAGAAGAGCGUGGUGAUUCUCAACGUGACGGACGACCCGGGGGGGGCCCGAGCCAAACGGAUGCUCAAAGACAACGAAGCGCAGGUCCGUCUGCUGUACUGCUCCUUGGAGGAGGCUGAGCUGAUUUUCCGGGCGGCCUUGGUGGCGGGUCAGGCCGGGCCCAGUCACAUGUGGUUCGCCGUGGGGCCGGCGCUGUCCGGUUUGGGCCUGGAGGGGCUGCCCAAGGCCUUGUUCGCUAUCCGGCCGCAGGGCUGGAGGGACGAGCCUCGCAGGCGCAUCGCCAAAGGCGUCUCCGUGCUCACCCACGGGGCGAUGGCUCUGCGCAGGGACCAGGGCCCCAACAGCCGCGCGCAGUACGCCGGCAACUGCCAGAGUGACGGCAACAACACCCACCGCGUGCCAGACAGGAUCAGGUACUUUACCAACAUCUCCAUCGGUGGGCGGGACUAUUCCUUCAACAGUGACGGCUACCUGUCCAACCCGCUGCUCGAUGUCAUCUCCUACACCAACGGGAGAGGCUGGGAGGAGGUCGGCUGGUGGGAGAACGGCCACCUCCGUCUGCGCUACCAUCCCUGGUCUCGCUACGGCUCCUUCCUGAAGCCUCUGGACGACUCGCAGCACCUGCGGGUGGUCACCUUGGGGGAGAGGCCCUUCGUCAUCGUGGAGCCGGCCGACCCGGGAACCAGCUCCUGCAUCCGCGACUCGGUCCCCUGUCGGAUGCCCGUCAACACGAGCCUGGUGGUGGACGGCACCGGGCCCAUGAAGCACUGCUGCAAAGGGUUCUGCAUCGACGUCCUCAAGCGACUGGCCAAAAUAGUGGGCUUCACCUACGACCUUUACCUGGUGACGAAUGGGAGGCACGGAAAGAAUAUCGACGGAGAGUGGAACGGCAUGGUCGGAGAGGUGGUGUCCAACAGAGCGGACAUGGCCAUCGGGUCUCUCACCAUCAACGAGGAGAGGUCGGAGGUCGUGGAGUUCUCCGUUCCGUUCGUGGAGACCGGCAUCAGCGUCAUGGUCUCUCGCAGCAACGGAACCGUGUCGCCUUCCGCUUUCCUCGAGCCCUACAGCCCGGCGGUGUGGGUGAUGAUGUUCGUGAUGUGCCUGUCGGUGGUGGCUGUCACCGUCUUCAUCUUUGAGUUCUUCAGCCCCGUGGGAUACAACCGCAGCCUGCAGAGCGCCAAGAAGUCGGGUGGAUCCAAGUUCACCAUAGGGAAGUCUGUGUGGCUGCUCUGGGCGCUGGUCUUCAACAACUCUGUGCCUGUGGAGAACCCCAGAGGAACCACCAGCAAGAUCAUGGUGCUGGUGUGGGCCUUCUUCGCUGUCAUCUUCCUGGCCUCCUACACCGCCAACCUGGCUGCCUUCAUGAUCCAGGAGGAGUACAUCGACACGGUGUCGGGGCUGUCGGAUAAGAAGUUCCAGCAGCCCACGGAGCAGUACCCGCCGCUGCGCUUCGGCACGGUGCCCAACGGCAGCACGGAGGAGAACAUCCGCUCCAACUACCCCAACAUGCACCAGUACAUGAUCCGCAACAACCAGAAGAGCGUGGAGGAGGCCAUCGAGAACCUCAAGUCUGGGAAGCUGGAUGCCUUCAUUUAUGAUGCAGCGGUGCUGAACUAUAUGGCCAGAAAGGACGAGGGCUGUAAGGUGAUGACCAUCGGCUCUGGGAAGGUGUUUGCCACCACAGGCUACGGCAUCGCGCUGCACAAGAACUCCCGCUGGAAGCGGCCCCUGGACCUGGCUCUGCUGCAGCUGGUGGGAGACGAUGAGAUUGAUAUGUUGGAGCGUCUCUGGCUGUCGGGUAUCUGCCACAAUGAUAAGAUCGAGGUGAUGAGCAGUAAACUGGACAUAGACAACAUGGCAGGGGUCUUCUACAUGCUGCUGGUGGCCAUGGGACUCAGCCUCCUGGUGUUUGCCUGGGAGCAUCUGGUUUACUGGAAACUACGGCACUGCGUGAAGCGAUCUGGUGGGAUGGACUUCCUCCUGGCUCUCAGCAGGGGGAUGUACAGUUGCUGCAAGUUUGAGGACGAGACAGCACCAGGAGGAAGCUCUUUGCCCCAGUACCACACCAUGACCGGCAUGCCCAAUGCAGCCCAACAACAUCUUGUUACCGCCACAAUAAAUAACACAACUGCCAUUGCCAUGGUUCAACAGCAUCAGAAGCACCACCAUCAACAGCAACAGGGGCCAAACUAUACUACCAUGCUACCCGGUUCGCCACCAACUACAGGACACUCAGCAAUGGCUCUAGGACCCUCAAACAGCCCUUUGCUCGAGGGCCCCAUGCCCUGCUCCACCUUCUUGCCUCGCCAUGACCGAAGGCUUGCCGUGGUCGAUCGCUGGAACCGGUCGAAGCCAGAGAAGGUCAUUAGCGGAGGAAGUGGUGGGGGAGUUGGGGUUGGGGGGAUUGCAGGAGGGAUUACUGAACUUCAGGCCCCACAGUAUCAGCUGAAUCUUGGACAGCAUUGGGGCCUGCAAGGCGGAGUGGCAGUUGGAGCUGGGGGAGGAGGUGACACAGUGCUAGAUGAAUAUAAGCGCUAUUAUGGUCCUAUAGAUCCAGAGGGGCUGGGAGUUAACUCUGAACUACAAGCAGCAGGCCCCCAACAGACUCCCAAAUCUAAUCCUAGAGGCCACAAAGCGUCAGCGAUGCUGCGAAUGCCUCCUAAAGGCCCCCAACUAGGACCAGGGCACUUAAUCCCAAAGCCACCUCCAACACUCCUAUCUUCGCCACGAAGGCCUCCUUUCUGGCGACGAGGAAGCCUAGUUCAGGCAAAGAGAAAAAACUCAGGAGGUCCCCUGUAUGAAAAUAUACUCCCUCUGGGUAGAAGAGGAGGUGGGAGGUAUGGAGCCAGCGAUGGAGGUGGAAGGAGAGGGCGACGUCCUCCACCACCUCUACCUGUCACGCUCUCUUCCCCUACCCACACUCCUACCACUCCUUCCUCCCCAUGCCGUUUCUACUCCUCCUGCUCCAGUGCCUCGUCCUCUUCCUCAUCCACUUCAUCAACUUCAUCUUCUUCUUCAUCCUCUGUCUCACAGUCGAGAUCGAAUUCUCCCUCUUCUAGCUCCAGUGACAGCUCCUGCAACUCUUCGUUGAGUUUCCGGUAUCGAGCGGGCGACCGGGAUUUAACGUUAGACGACGAUUAUGAUUCAGAUCUGCUCACAGAGGAGUCCAGCCUCCUCCUGGGAACACGCAAGAAGAUCCGUUCCCGUCGCAUGUCAUCGCGCUCGCUGCCGUGCAGCCCACCACCUCCACCAAUUCCACCUCGAAAGCCACGUCUUCAGAAGGAUCAUGGCAGAGAGAGAACGGGCAGCCAGCUGGUGCAAUUACAGGAGUGGUGGGCAUCAUGGGGUGACAGAGAGCGAGGGCGGGAAGGAGGAAAAAAACGGGGGGAUGGAGGAGUAGUUAAAGAGGAAAAGAGACAUCACAAAGAGAGGGAGCGUGACGGAAAGAGGAGGAGGAAAGGCAGGAAGAAGAAGAAGAGGGAGGAAAGGGAAAGAGAAAGGGAGCGAAAACGGCGCAAAGCAAAGAAGAGGAAGAAAGAGGACAAGAUGAAGAAGAGAGAACAGAAGAGGUCAGAGCAGGAGGGAGGGGAUGCUGACAAAAGAGAGGAACUCAAAUCAGGCACACCAGAUUAUCCAUCAUACCCAGGCCUGAGGCGAGAGUCGUUUCGGAAAAAGAGUGAAAGUUCAAUCCGAAGCUUUGGAUGGAACGUACCAGGCGAAGAAGAGAGGAAGGGAGAAGAGAAAGAGAGGGAUGACGAUGAAGAAAUCAGAGGUAAAGAAAUACAAAGCAGGAGAAGGAACAGCAAGCACCUUCCUAGCUCCAGCGGUAAGCCUUCGACAUCUGUCAAAUUCUGGGGAGGAGUCAACACGUCCUCCGACACCAUUCCAUCUGCCUUUCCACCCUUGUUGCCUGUCUCCUCCAAACGGAGGAAGAGUAAAAGUUCAGACCGGGGAACAGUAGCAGUAGAAAGAGAGAGGAGGCCAUUGCUGGGACUAGAUGGAAGAGCUCAGAUGCACUCUAAGGAGAGGCUGUCUUUCCACGAGUGGGAGUCCGGAGCAGAGGGUGAGGAAGAAGAUUCUGAGACGGAGAGGAGAAAAGCAGACCGUGGAAAGAGGCGUGGAGGAGUAAGGACUAUGUCAGACGAGGAGCGGGAACGUGAUAAGGUUGUUGGGAUAUAUUCUGACGAUGAUGGUUCCUCAGGAGAGUUUGGGAAGUUUGAGAGGUACUGGGAGGAUCAUGAGGGCAGGUCCGUAGGAGGCAUCGGUGGGGGUGGUUGGUUUUUUAGCACCUAUCCUUCAAGGGAAAAAACCGGCAGCAUCACCAGUAGAGAUGACCUGUUCCUGGAGCGGGGAGACAGGUGGGGGACAGCAGAAAGUGGAUGGGGGUCUUUUGGAGGAGGCGGUGACGGUGUUGGAGGUGAUGAAAGAAAGGGAGUGUGGGGAUCAGGAUCGCGCUGGCCUCCCACUCCACUUACGCCGCCACCUCCUCGACGAUACUGGUCAGUGGACAAACUCCACAUACAGGAUGAAAAGAAGAGUAAACGGAAAUCAAAGAACAAAGGAAAAGGGCGUUCAGCUUGUUCCUCGUGUCAUUCUCCGCGACACCGUCCACACCCCCACUCCUCAAAGUGGGCCCGCGCAAGCUCUCGAAGCCAGGAAGAGCUGUACCACCAGAGUUUCGGUGGUCCACUGAAGCCAAAACAUGACUCCUCAUCCUCCUCCAAACCUGAGCGCUCACAGAAUCCACCCAAAUCUGGCAGCCAGUCAAACCUCAGCCUACAGCAGCGAACACAAAGAACCGAUAGAGAUCGAGGACGGAAAUCAUCCCCACCCCCGAGCCUCAUAGCAAGCCUGCCACCCCAACUCCCUGCCCUUCCAGCGCCUCCAUCCUUGUCCCAUCCCAGCCAUGUUCCUCCACUUACCUCCUCCUCCUCUGUAUCCUCCCCCUCUGUGGUCUCAUCCACUCCUGGGGCACCACAGCCCUCCUCCAUGGCUUCGGCGAGUGCUAAACUACAGUACCAGAGGUUGCGCUCUGUGCCCCAACCCCAGAGGUUUCCUCAGUCACCUCACUUACCCCUCAAAGCCAAGAGCCUUUGCUCAAGAAGGGACUCGGCCCAUUUCUCCAGCGUGGAGAGCGAGGUCUGAAGGUAUCAAAAGUCAUAAGGGAGCUCUGCAGGGCUGAGUCAGUAGAGUACACGCACUGAGCCUUUUCCUAAAGUUCUGCACAAACAAACCGUAAAGCCAAACAAACCCUAUGGGCUAGGUCAAAGGGAAACAGAAGCAAUAGUGUGCUUGCUGUUAUUUCCUUUCAUCCCUCUCAGUAUGUGAAUGACUACUAAACACAGCAACAACUUGCAUCCUGAACAGGGUUGUUAACCAUAACACUGAAAGCAGCCUGCAAACGGACAUUUAGAGUGGGACAACUGAAGAGGACUCCUUUGCUCCGAACGUAAAGGGCUUUGGACGUUGAAGCAGAGCAGUAGUUGCUUACUGAGGGCUCAGGAACUUUGUAGUACUGUAUGCCUGCUGCUCUCGGAAGCCUUUAUCACAGAACAGUGUUCUUAUAUUUUUCCCUUAAGAAAUGGCUUACCCCUAUUGUCAUUUUUUCCUUAAAAAACUGUUUACACCCCCGCAGAACUGUGAUGACCUCCCAUGGCCCCUUUGUCGUGUAUGAUGAAUACCUUCUUGUUGAGAGGGAGAGAAGGCUGAAAACUACCUUGUCUUCUCUGUAUGAUCCAUGCACUCUCUACUGUUGUCUUUAUUUUCUACCCGGUUACCCACUUCUUUCUCUCCCUUGCCCCGUAUUUACAUUCUCUUUAUCUUCUUUACCUCCUUCGUAACCUUAAUUUGUGGUGGCUGUGUCUUCGUCUCUCUUGUCCUCUCUUGUCCUCCCCUCUCUGCUCCUCUCCUCGAUGUGGUUAUUCUGUGUCUGUGCUUUUCUGUGUUUGUAUUCUUGACAACAGGGUAAGUCGACUCUGACUGAUAUUCUACUGGCUUAAUGAAAAGCUGAGUGCCAAACUUAAGUAGAGCUCAAAUCAAUCUGUACAACCUUAGCUGCUGUCUUUACUUUUUUCUUGCAGAGUAUUCCAUCAUCUCAAAAAUAUGUGCACAUUCAAAUACACCCAUACAGAAACACACACACACACACACACAGACAUGAAAGGGCAUCCAAACUAUCCUAACAUUAUUCACCCUCUGUUCAUGCAAAGACCUUUCUUUUACUUUUGUGUUGUAGUUGUUGUUGGUAUUAACUGUGUACUAUAUAUCAAGACAUGUAUUAUGUCUAAUACAAUGUAAACACUGUGCCAUACUACUCAAGCUGCACAUGAAACAUUCUCUCAACUACCUAACUGCAUCAAUGGAGGCAUUUUCUUUACCCUGUAUUUGAUCGAAUGUAAAGUCAGCCACAAUCAAGUGUGCUGCAGCAACAAUUCAGACACUUUGAGUUUGGAGUUUGUAGCACUUUUGAUGGUUAGUGCUGGUGUCUGUUUGAGAGAUGGACAGUAAAAUAACUUUAUUUCAUUUUAAGCAACAGUAUACUAAAUUUAGCAUAUUAAGUCUACAGUGGUCCAUGAUGAAUUAGAUCUGGAAUUGGUUACAGUUUAAGUUUUGUUGGGUUUUCUCAUGCAAGUCGUCCAACUGAUGCCAAGACUAGAACACAUCGGCGAAACCAACCAACCCAGGUGUGAUUAGAGAAUGGGUCUCUUACAUGGUGGUGCUAAACAGUUUUGGUGAGAGAAGGCAACAGAUUGCAGGGAAAUAUAUAUUAGUAGACUUUUACUGAUUUUUUUCAUGCCAUACCUUUUGUAUUAAGUAUGAUUAUGAAGUUAUUUACUUUAACCAACAUGUCUUGGAUUUACCCUCAAGACAGUAUAACUGGAAAUCCAAAUGGCUUGGUGAAAAAUUCAAUCUAGUGCCAGUACCGUUUUGAUGACCAAGAGACCGUCCUCCUCAACGUUGGAGGCCAGCUAGUUCUGAUGAGGAUGUAAGAGAUGGUGCCUGGAAGACAAAGUUGCACCUCCUGUGAGAUUUCUAUUUUUCGGGGGGAGUAUUUGUCACCCUUAAAUGUUCAAUCAAGAGCUAUAGCUUUUUAAUCCAUAACCGAGCUGACACCAGCAGUUACAGUCCGAUGUCGAGCUAAUGAGAUCCAUCAACAUGUAGAUUAUCAUCAGCGCACAUCAGUGGAGCUUUAGUGAAGAGUCGCCAUGCCUCUGCCAUCCACUCAUUGGUCUCGUCAGCUCUCGUAUUCCUGAAUCUGCAUCUGAGCCACAAUUUACUUCAGCUGAGAAAAACUAAAAGAGAAAUUAAGUUUUAAACGUAAACAUGUUGUACAAAGUCUGCCUUUCUUUUAGAAGAAAAUCUAUAUAUGUAUUUAUCAAAUAUAUAUAUAGAUAUAGAUGUGUGUGAGUGUGUGUGUGUGGGUAAUGUUACAGAAAAUUGUGGUUUCUCAUAAUAUUGUUUUAAAUCACAUUAGAUAUGACAUGUGAUAUGUGUCAAAAACACAUGUUCCCUCAUAAUUAUUCAAAAGGCAAAUUCUAACUUUCUACAAUUUUGAGGCAUUUCAUUGCUUUGCUUGUACAACUUUCAAAGGCAGCAGAGAGCGUUGAUUAGGUGUGACAUGUUUGUGUGCAAUCACACCGAGAGAACCUCAAGUGUGUUGCCCCUAACGCUAACAAUCUCUGAGACACACACAGAUUAGAUUAAGUUUGCCAUUUAAAAAACAUUUAUGUUCAUCCUCCUGACCUACCCGCGCUAGCUAGCAAGUUAGCGGCGGUAACUUGUUAGCAGGUAGCACCAGUCGAGCACCAGCAGGUGCUAGCGGUGUGAGCUCGGAGCUUCCUCACGUCUAUCCAUUGUGUUCUUGCGUGUCUGCAAUUGUAAAGUCGGUCUGUUUUGAAAAAAGAUUACCUAUGGAUAUAUUUAUUUCAUUAAAAAAAGAUAGAAUAUCUAAAUAUAUAUGAUAGUAUAUUUCAAGGCGUUUAGAUCUAUGUUAUAUAAGUUUGUCUACUAAAUUUUCGGUAUUAUCUCAAUGAAUAUGUCUCUUUGUCCGUCUUUCCUUGUCUCGAACCUCCCGCCCAGCGAAAACAGAGACCAGUACAUAACUGUGUUUUUGCUCACUUAAGACCAACCAUUCGCCUCCAUUGGCUAUCUACUGUAGCUAACGCUAAGAUUUCAACAAAGUGACGACGUGCGCGAGUGUCUUAUGACCGUGUCACUGUAGCAGUGGUGGCGCGUGUUUGUCUACCCAGAGGGGCCUUUAUUUUUUGGUUUGGACUGAAGAUUAACAACAAUUAAACCUUUUAUGGAUACAGCAGCUUUUACCACAACUCUCACUUAAGAAGAGGUCGCCUUCUCGACCCCGUUUCCAGUUCACAUCGGACCCUGGAGUUUAUACCGCAGUGUAGAGUGAGGUGACCUCUUUGACACACAAUGUAGCGAGCAGCACAGGCUUCUUUUGCAUCUCUUGGAAGCUGAAUUACUAUACAAAAACAUGCACAGCUACCCCUGCCAACCAACCUAUAAAAUAUCUAUGAGGACUUUGGUAUACGUACAUAAUGUGCUGUAUCUGCCAAGCUGCUGUGCUGUAAAAUCAAAAGAAAAACUGAACACACUGUUUCUAUCUUCAUUUUACGAAGCUGGUAAGGCUAAUAUGACACAUGUCAGGGGCAGGGAGGAAUCUGCUUGAAUGUCUGGUUUCCACUGAGGCAAAAAAUGGCCGAACCAGGGCUUCCUUUUGAUUGGGCGAUGGUGGCGCAUGGAGUACUGUGAUGUGGGGCAGCAAGGUUGGCGGUUUAAAUUCUGGCUGUUCCAUGUGCCAUUUCGAAGUGUCCCUCAGCAAGGCACCUAACCCCUAAUUGCUCCCCAGGCAAAAUGUAAACCAUGGGUUAAAUUACAAUGUAUGUCGCUUUGGAUAAAAGCGUCCGCUAAAUGACAUACAAUGUAAUCAUCACAUCUUCAAACCUCCUCCCAAUUUACUCCCCAGUGGACAGCAGCAAUCCUGCACCCGUCAUCGGGUAGAUCAUGGAAACACAACCUCCUUACGAUGCACACAAUGCAUCAAUGUAAGUCGCUGUGGUCCAAGGUACUGCGUUCAGUUUGACCUGAGCCCUGGUGAGCCCUGGUGAGCCGGGUUUUAGCCUGCAGUGGAAACACAGCACCUCUGAUCGAUGUGUCAAGGCCUUGUAUUAAUACUGCUGUAUUGACUGUACGGGAUGAUGGCUAGUCGUGCUACACUUUAUUGUCAGCAGCUCACACGCGGACACAUGCACACACUGCAGAUUAACAUAAUUGCACAAACACACACACACACACACAGGUCAGGGGGGGUAAAAUGCUGCUGCCAUUGGGUUCCAGCCUUCUAGUGGGGGCGAUGACAAUAACGUGCUGCGCUGCAAGCAUGACAGAGAUACACAAUAAAAAAAGAUGAUUUUAAUAAAGAACCGAAAAAAAAUGCCUGAGUUCUU